GGGAUAAAAAAUAAUUAAAAAUAAAAUUAAUAAAUUAUCCAGUUGUUCAGAGAAAAUGUAAUGCAAGCACUGAGUCGAGACCAUUACCGGAUAGCAAUGAAGCUAUCAACAGCACUGCCGCGACCUCCGUCAAUGGAGGUGGCGAUUCACAUUUCUCCGACCAGUGUAGGAGAAAGAUUCUUCACCGUCAGAGAUAACAGGAGCGCUCUGCUUUCUCAUCUUACAGGAUACUCGUAUAGAGAAGCUCGACUGCGAUUCCAAGCGAAAAGCGUUCAGGGCGGGAAAUCGAACCGGAACAAGUUUUCCUCGUCUACGAUUAGACAACGAGAAUUCGGUGGAAACAUUCUCGAUGAAGAAGAUGACGGAGAAGGGACAAACUUUAGCGACGACGAAUCGUCGUUUCUGUCUUUGAGUGAAAAACCAGAUAGAAAUAUGGCUUUGCUUGACGAAUAUGAGAUGGAUGAGCUUGACUGUUCUUCUACCUCUAAUCACCGCAGCGGUUAUGUGGCUGUACUUGGGAAGCCAAAUGUUGGAAAGAGUACGCUUGCAAACCAGAUGAUCGGUCAAAAGUUAUCUAUAGUUACAGAUAAACCUCAGACUACAAGGCAUCAAAUUCUUGGUAUAUGUUCUGGCCCGGAGUAUCAGAUAAUUCUUUACGAUACUCCUGGUGUCAUGGGGAAGAAAAUGCACAAGUUGGACUCUAUGAUGAUGAAGAAUGUUAGAAGUGCUGCCAUAAAUGCAGAUUGUGUACUAGUUGUUGUUGAUGCAUGUAAAGUGCCUGAAAAAAUUGAUGAAGUGUUGGAAGAAGGUGUGGCAGAACUCAACCAUAAGCUGCCCACUUUGCUCGUCCUGAAUAAGAAAGAUCUAAUUAAACCUGGUGAAAUUGUGAAGAAGCUUGAGUGGUAUGAGAAAUUUACAGAUGUUGAUGAGGUCAUACCAGUGAGUGCAAAAUAUGGUCAUGGGGUAGAUGAUGUCAGAGAAUGGAUAUUAUCAAAACUUCCAGUUGGGCCAGCUUAUUAUCCAAAGGACAUAGUCAGUGAGCACCCGGAAAGGUUCUUUGUAGCGGAAAUUAUCAGAGAAAAGAUAUUUAUGCAGUAUCACAAUGAGGUUCCUUAUGCAUGUCAGGUGAAUGUGGUAAGCUACAAAGCUAGGCCAAAUGCAAAAGAUUUUAUACAAGUGGAGAUUCUUGUUGAGAAAAACUCCCAGAAGAUCAUUCUUAUUGGAAAAGAAGGGAGAGCUCUAAAACUACUUUCAACUGCUGCUCGGCUUGAUAUUGAAGAUUUCUUACAGAAGAAAGUCUACCUUGAGGUGCUAACUUAAACUACAUUUAGUCAAUUAACUAGCCAUUUUACAAUUACCUGAUGCUUCACUAGUGCCUCCAGUUGGUUAAUGCUGCAGGUGGAUUCUCACUGCCAUUGUUUUUAAAGAUCUUUAUCAUAUUUUAGCAAAAUUACAACUCCUCUUGGUUUGUUAAUUCAUAGUGCAAGAUAUUCGACUGAAGUCAACCUACUCCGUAAACAGGUUGAAGUGAAAGUCAAGGAGAAUUGGAGGCAAGAUGAAGGCCUUUUAAAGCACUAUGGAUAUGGGGGACAGAUUCAAGUUCUAUAACUAUAACCCCAUAGUUCCUUUGAUUUUCCCAGUCUACACCCACCCCAAUUGAGUAUUUCUUGUAAUUGUAAGGAGUUACAUGUUGUAUGAUAAAUCUUUGAAUUGAUUUUUGACUGAGGUGGCUUAAGAAGAGCUCUUCAUCAGCUUCACUGACCGAUAUAAUGCGGUGUGGUCGCAAUUAAAUCGAGAAGAACUCUCAAAAACUCCCAGGCAUCGUAGUUCGUACAGACAAAAAGGUUAGCCUGUUUGGGCCCAAAAGGUGGUUUGUUACUUGUUAUAAAUGGUCCAACUACUGGAUAUGCCUUUAAUAUGUGGAGCUUAAUGAAUCACCGACUCUUCAAAUCCAUGAAAGGUAUGUUGUGUUUUAUGCGUGUCAAUUGGAGUCGGGCAGGACAGCACGUCACCACCCAUUUGCGCAUGUUACCAAAUGCUAUCAUGCGGUUUAACACGCGCACGUUACUGUGGUUCGGCCACAAAUGCUAUACAUCUAACAUCUGUCGCACUGUCUUGCCCAUUUCGAUGGAGCAUGGGACAGACAUCGGCACAUGUACCUCACAUCUUCAUUUAACAUGGAAAUGAAAUGAAAGUGGUGGGUUAUU